AUGGCUACCGCUGCAAAUACACUGAGUGCGCUGCUCCAGCGGACCUCGAUUGACGACCACGAGGAAGUCCUAAAAGCUUGCAAUGCAUCUUUGAAACACUCGAAAGGUGAUCUAGAGCUCCAACAUGUCAAAUUCGUGGCACUCGUCAAACUGGACCGCUACAACGAUGCGCUGCGGGUGCUUGAAGAAGGCGGGGAUCGAUUAAAGCAAAGAGUACCCACUGAAAGAGCGUAUGCGCUAUACAAAAUCGGAGAUUUUGAAGAGGCAAAGAUCGCUGCGAAGCGUAUAUCUGAGGAAAGAGGAGCGAGGCAUGUCGAGGCUCAAGCUUCAUAUCGGUCAGAGGACUUUGCCAAUGCUGCGGCACUUUACAGAAAUUUGGCUGGCAGCCAGACGGCCAAUGAGAGCGAAGAGAAUGACCUCAGGAUCAAUAGCGGAGCUACGGAUGCGCAGUUGGAGUGGACGAGGCGAGGGGAUUUGGUGCAGAAGAAGAAGCUGGGGAGGGAGGACCUAGAAGCCUUCGAGACAGCUUAUAAUGCGGCUUGUGGAUCAAUUGCUAGAGGGGAGCUUGGUCAGGGAGAGAUGCUGUUGAAGAGAGCAAGAGAUCUCUGUAAUGCUCUCGACGAUCUCACAGAUCAAGAGAAAAUCGCAGAACUCCUCCCAAUCAGUGUCCAACAGUUGUAUGUGGUCAGCAUGCUCGGGAAAACCGAAGAAGCAGAAACGCUGGCCUCGGGUAUCGCACUUGAAGAGAUACCAGAUCUCUCCACGAGGCAGAUUGCCAAGAAUAACAAGCUGGCACUGUCGUCUCCGUCCUCGAACCCCUAUCUAUCCCAUCGCCUCUUCCACAGCACAGAAAAACCGCCAAAAACCGACAACCUUUUCCGCCUGCAAGCAGAGCGAAUGCAACAAAAUGGCCUGGCUCUCGAUCUCCUCGCCUCGAAAUCUAACGGCGUGAUCAAAGCCACCGGUAACAUUCUCUCUAACUCUAUCCCAACGCUGUCAUCACACAUCAACAACAUAUCCGUCCUCAACGCCGCCGCCCAUGCCCAAAGCCAGCUCGCAAAGUUAGGCCUCAAACAAAUACUCCCACUGCUCGAGAAGCGACCAAAGGACAUCGGCCUCGUCAUGACCAUCAUCCAGCUCUACGUCAUGACCAACAAUCACGGCUCAGCAAUAACCGUCCUCGAUUCUCUCCUCAAACGCCUCUCCGAAUCUCAAACCCCUUCAGAUCAAGACGUCCUCUACGCGCCAGGGCUAGUGGCCCUCCAAGUCUCCCUCUACACCUCCCAAGGUCGGAAAUCCCAAAUCAAAACUACCCUCGCGAAAGCGGCGUCCUACUGGCGUCACAAAUCGAAACCUCCCACGACGCUCCUGCAGGCUGCAGGCCUCUCUCUCCUCAACUCCUCAGACCCAGAACACCAGUCUCUAGCUCGCGAUGUAUUCGCCACCCUCCACACGCAAGACCCGGGUUCCAAAUCUGCAACAGCAGGCUAUGUGGCGUCCCACGCCCUUACCUCCCCCGGAAUGGUGUCUUCAGAAGCCGACACCUUAACCUCGGUCGCCCGUCUCACCGUGGGCAUAGACGUCGCGGCGCUCGAAGAAGCUGGCGUGCCCUCUUUACCAUCGACCAGCACAACAGCCGCUUCUCGCAAGCGCGCCCUGGACGAGAAACCCAAGCCCGCCAAAAAGCGUGUGCGCAAGUCCAGAUUGCCCAAGGAGUACGAUCCAUCGAAGACGCCUGAUCCCGAGCGGUGGUUGCCGCUCAAGGAUCGAUCCACCUAUCGGCCGAAAGGCAGGAAGGGCAGGCAGAAGGCAGCGGAGAAGACGCAGGGAGGGAUGAGUGGUGAGAAGGGUGCCGAAGCCAAAGCAGGCGGUGGGGAAGGGGUCAUCAAAGCCGCCGAGAAGAAGCCUGGUGGCGGGCAAGCGAAGGGGAAGAAGAAGGGCAAGAAAUAG